ACCGCCUCCUGGCGCCGCAGCUGACUUGUGCGCGCUGGCCGCGGGCCGCCUCUGCGGCAGCGGUAGUCGCCUCCUCCGAAUCCGCCGCGCACAGCUGGGGAGAAAGAUGUUCACCGUGCUGACCCGCCAACCAUGUGAGCAAGCAGGCUUCAGGGCCCUCUACCGAACCCCAGCCAUCAUCGCGUUGGUGGUCUUGCUUGUAAGUGUUGUGGUGCUUGUGAGUAUCACACUCAUCCAGAUCCACAAGCAAGAGGUCCUCCCUCCAGGACUGAAGUAUGGAAUUGUGCUGGAUGCCGGAUCUUCCAGAACCACAGUCUAUGUGUAUCAGUGGCCAGCAGAAAAGGAAAAUAAUACAGGAGUGGUCAGUCAAACUUUCAAAUGCAGCGUGAAAGGCUCUGGGAUCUCCAGCUAUAAGAAUAACCCCCAAGAUGUCCCCAAAGCCUUUGAAGAUUGUAUGCAAAAAGUCAAGGAACAGGUUCCGAUCCACCUCCACAAAUCCACCCCCAUUCACCUGGGAGCCACUGCUGGGAUGCGCUUGCUGAGGUUGCAAAAUGAAACAGCAGCUAAUGAAGUUCUUGCAAGCAUCCAAAGCUACUUCAAGUCCCAGCCCUUUGAUUUUAGGGGUGCUCAAAUCAUUUCUGGGCAAGAGGAAGGGGUAUAUGGAUGGAUUACGGCCAACUAUUUAAUGGGAAAUUUCCUGGAGAAGAACCUUUGGCAUAUGUGGGUGCACCCACAUGGAGUGGAAACCAUAGGUGCCCUGGAUUUAGGCGGUGCCUCAACCCAAAUAUCCUUCGUGGCAGGAGAGCAGGUGGGGCUGAACACCAGCGACAUCAUGCAGGUGUCCCUGUAUGGCUACAUGUAUACUCUCUAUACACACAGCUUCCAGUGCUACGGACGGAACGAGGCUGAGAAGAGGUUUUUGGCAAUGCUCCUGCAGAAUUCUCCCACCAAAACUCAUUUCACCAACCCCUGUUACCCUCGGAAUUAUAGCACCAACUUCACCAUGGGCCAUGUAUUUGACAGUCUGUGCACAGUGGACCAGAGGCCUACAAGUUAUAACCCUGAUGACAUCAUCGCUUUUGAGGGAACUGGGGACUCAUCACUAUGUAGGGAGAAAGUGGCUUCCAUAUUUGACUUCAGAGCUUGCCAUGAUCGAGAAACCUGUUCCUUUGAUGGGGUUUAUCAGCCAAAGGUUAAAGGGCCAUUUGUGGCUUUUGCAGGAUUCUACUAUACAGCCAGUGCUUUAAAUCUUUCAGGGAGCUUUGCCCUAGACACCUUCAACUCAAGCGCCUGGAAUUUCUGCUCACAGAAUUGGAGUAAGCUCCCACUUCUGCUCCCCAAAUUUGAUGAGGUGUAUGCCCGCUCCUAUUGCUUCUCAGCCAACUAUAUCUACCACUUGUUUGUGAACGGAUACAAAUUCACAGAGGAGACCUGGCCUCAAAUACAUUUUAAAAAAGAAGUGGGGAACAGCAGCAUAGCCUGGUCUCUGGGCUACAUGCUCAGCCUGACCAACCAGAUCCCAGCUGAAAGCCCUCUGAUCCGCCUGCCUAUAGAGCCACCUGUCUUCGUGGGCAUCCUCGCCUUCUUCAUAGCAGCAAUCUUGCUGUGUCUGUUGUUUCUUGUGUACCUGUGUUUGGUGUCCACAAAAAAGAGGCACUCUGAGCAUGCCUUCAACCAUGCAGUGGAUUCUGAGUGAGCUUUCAAGACAGCUUCUGGAACCCCAGGGCUGCUUAGAACCAGCUUGGGUAAUACCAGGUAAUGCAAACAAAGUGGCUGCCUUCAGGAAAUACAACUAAAGUAAAAUACCUAGGUCAUGUGCCUCUCA